GCGACAAGCAGCGCUCAGUGCAACAGAGUCCCGCUGAUGCGCAAUGCCUCGUUUUACUGUGCACAUCCGCGAUGAGUGGCUGGCAGUGCCAUGCCGGGAUACCUCCAACACCAUCAGGUGGCUCGGACACGAGGCGCUUAAACGUUACAUUAAGAACAAACCGGACAACGGCGGCAUCACGGCGGUGAAGGACACUCGGUUCGUGGCGCGAAGGUGCCAGACUUCGGGUUUGCUGGACGCGGAUGACACCAUCGAGGAUGUACUGGAGGAUAACGACUUUGUCGAGCUGGCCAUAGACGGGGACACCAUGUCUCCUGACUUUAUCCCGUGUGAGGCUGGAGUUUCUCAUCUUACAGCAGCAUACAGAGAACCUGAAGCCUAUCUCUCCCUGGAUGGCAACAGCCUGACAUCCACAGAUUUGGUCAACCUAGGCAAGGGAAUGUACAAGAUAAAGCUGACUCCAGAGGCAGAGAAAAAAGUUGUGCAAGCCAGAGACCUUUUGGACCGCAUUGUCAAAGAAAACAAAGUUGUCUAUGGAAUCACAACAGGAUUUGGAAAAUUUGCCCGAACUGUCAUUCCUGUCCACAAGCUCAAGGAGCUGCAGGAGAACUUGGUGCGUUCACACUCAGCAGGUGUGGGGAACCCACUGAGCCCAGAGAGAACCCGCAUGCUGCUCGCUCUCAGGAUCAAUGUCCUGGCCAAAGGGUACAGUGGGAUCUCUCUGGAAACCCUUCUUCAAAUGAUCCAAGCAUUUAACGCUUCCUGCCUCUCCUUUGUCCCAGAGAAGGGAACAGUGGGUGCUAGCGGAGACCUGGCACCACUCUCUCACCUGGCUCUGGGGCUGAUGGGAGAGGGUAAAAUGUGGUCUCCAAAGAGCGGAUGGGCAGAUGCCAAAUAUGUCCUGGAAGCCCAUGGACUGAAGCCAAUAUCACUGAGGCCUAAAGAGGGACUUGCGCUGAUCAACGGGACCCAGAUGAUUACCUCUCUAGGGGCGGAGGCCAUGGAGCGAGCCCUUGCGAUCGCCCGUCAGGCUGACAUCAUCGCCGCCCUCACCCUGGAGGUGCUAAAGGGAACCACCAAGGCUUUUGACAGUGACAUCCACAUGCUGCGGCCUCACCCUGGACAGAUAGAGGUGGCCCAGCGCUUCCGCUCGCUGCUGGACUCUGAUCACCAUCCAUCCGAAAUUGCAGAGAGCCACCGUUUCUGUGACAGAGUCCAGGAUGCCUACACCAUGCGAUGCUGUCCUCAGGUUCACGGAAUCGCCAACGACACAAUCAAAUUUGUCCAGAACAUCAUCAAUACCGAAAUCAACAGUGCCACUGACAACCCUAUGGUGUUUGCAGAAAGAGGUGAGACCAUUUCAGGUGGAAAUUUCCAUGGAGAAUAUCCAGCAAAGGCUCUAGACUUUUUGGCCAUUGCAGUCCAUGAGCUGGCGUCUAUCAGUGAGCGGAGGAUCGAGAGGUUGUGCAACCCCUCCCUGAGCGAGCUGCCGGCCUUCCUCGUCAACGAGGGGGGACUCAACUCAGGAUUCAUGAUUGCCCACUGCACCGCUGCAUCACUGGUUUCAGAGAAUAAGGUUUUGUGUCAUCCAUCUUCUGUCGACUCCUUGUCCACCAGUGCUGCCACAGAGGACCAUGUGUCCAUGGGAGGCUGGGCUGCCAGGAAGUCCCUGAGGGUCAUCGAGCAUGUGGAGCAAGUUCUUGCCAUAGAGCUUCUGGCAGCCUGUCAGGGUAUCGAGUUCCUCCGCCCACUUCGUACCACCACUCCACUGGAGAAGGUCUAUGAACUCGUGCGCAGUGUGGUCAAGCCGUGGAUCAAAGACAGGUUCAUGUCUCCAGACAUCGAAGCCGUUCACCGUCUCCUACUUGACCAGAAGGUGUGGAAUGUGGCCAAGCCUUACAUUGACAAGUAUCAGUCGGAGUACAUCCCAGAGUCCCGUCCCGGCUCCCCCACUGCCUUCUGCCUGGAUGCUCCAGCAUCACCGAGGAAGCGUGUCCGACUCGAGUAAAUGCCUGUCCAAUUCUUCUUCUUAUUGUUUUACAAUUGGGAAUUUCAAUGAAAACCAAAACAAUAUAUUUGAUUUAAUAUUGAUUUGAAGAUGCAAUAUUGGUUUUCUCCCUGUUGACUAAGCAUCAUUUUACCCAAAUGCAUCAUUGUGAAUGUUUCCUUUACAAAGAUUAUAAUGUUCACUUUUCAUUGACACUGUCAGCGACGUAUGUUGCAACGCUGUUUCUGCGGAUUUCAUUAGAUUGUAUGGGUGUAGUUAAUAAAGUGGCCACACAGUGUACAGUGUGUUUCUAUACAGUAAUUGUUAGGUGUUGAACUUGCCUCCUGUUAUAUCCGCUGCCCUAUGUCACUUUGCAUUUGAUUUAUUCCUAUGUACACUUCUGUUUUCCCUUUAAACUUCUUCUAAUUUAGUUAUUAUUGCCACAUAACUACCUCAGCCAUUUUCAUAUCAAAUCUUUUUAAUGAUGUAACAUAAACUUUACUCUGAAAUGUUGUGUUUCUGCUGAAAUCAUAUGACAUCUUAAAUGACUUUCUAUCAUAUGUUUUCGAACAUACAUUUUUUCAUCUAUAUGUUUGGAUAAAAAAUAAAAUUUGAAGCGGAAA